GAUUGGCUGAGGCGAUCCCUGGCUCUGAAUUGGCUGGAGCCGCUCAUAUCCCACAAUGCACCGCUCCUCCUCUUCCUUUCCUUUCGGCCAUUUUCUCCCCGUGGAGGGAAUAAGCAGCCAUGGCCCCCAGCAGGAAUGGAAUGAUCUUGAAGCCUCACUUCCAUAAGGACUGGCAGAGACGAGUGGCCACCUGGUUCAACCAACCCGCCAGGAAGACCCGCAGGCGAAAGGCACGUCUGGUCAAAGCCCGAGAGAUCGCCCCGAGACCGAUCGCAGGACCCCUCAGGCCGGUGGUGAGAUGUCCGACCAUCCGAUAUCACACCAAGAUUCGCGCUGGUAGAGGAUUCAGCCUGGAGGAGCUGAAGGCCGCCGGCAUCAACAAAAAGGUCGCUCGCACCAUUGGCAUCUCUGUGGAUCACCGCCGCCGCAACAAGUCAACAGAGUCCCUGCAGACCAACGUACAGAGGCUGAAGGAGUACCGCUCCAAGCUGAUCCUCUUCCCACGCAAACCCUCCGCCCCCAAGAAGGGAGACGGCUCUGCUGAAGAGUUGAAGAUGGCCACCCAGCUGAAGGGCCCCGUCAUGCCAAUCCGCCAGACUUUCAAGAAAGAAAAGGCGAGAGUCAUCUCCGAAGACGAGAAGAACUUCAAAGCCUUCGCCAGUCUGCGUAUGGCACGCGCCAACGCACGCCUCUUCGGCAUCCGCGCCAAGAGAGCCAAGGAAGCUGCGGAGCAGGAAGUGGACAAGAAAAAAUAAAACUAUUCCCAGAACUGUCAAUAAACACAAAGUUGUAUAAU